AAAAAAUCAACAAUGGUCCCAAAAUUUAUGUGAAUCUGGACUAAUAUCUUCCAGAUAUGUUAUCUUCUCCAAAUGGUGCAGAUCGAGUAUACAUCAAGCUUUGAAUAUAUGCACGGAAUCCCAUCGAUCAGGGAACUCUGCAGUAAACGUGUUUUACCGAAACUAGUCGAAAAAACGACAUUCAUACAUACUUAAAUGAUGGAAAAGCUGGUGGAAGUAUCGGAUCAGGUGGUAUGCAUUGAUUUCGUGCUCGGAAGCAAAUGCAGGACUACCGUCCGCCUGAGAUCUCUCGUUGCCACCGCCACGGUCGCCUUCAAAAUCCAAACAUCAUCGCCUCAAAAAUUCCUAGUCAACCCACCGAGUGGACUCAUUUCUCCCUUAUCUCAAAUCACCUUCCAAAUAAUCCUCAAACCGCAACCUCAAGUUCCUUCGUCUUUUCCACGCUCUGUUUCUGACCGGUUCCUUAUCCGCACGAGUCGAGUCCCAUUCACCGAGUCGACUCACUCCAACAAUUCCACUCAUCACUUGGACACUACUAACACAUCCUGGACACAAGACAUCAAACUUAAAGUUGCAUUCGUGGGUCCAUUUUUACUUCGGCAUGCGGUGAAUAACGGGGACUGUGAAGCCGUGAGGAGUAUGGUCAAAAUUCAGAGGACGGUAUUGACCGACUUGUCAGCUCGGGAAGCCGAGUCACUCCACCGAGUUGCAAGUCGGUUAGAUAACUCGGUGGAAAUGGUUACUUUGUUACUAGAGGCCGGAUUGAAAGUGGAGUCAACAAAUUUAAAUUUAGACGACGUGGAAGAAUCUAAAUGGAUAGAGAAAGGAUGGACAGAAUUACACGUGGCAGUGUCAUUUGAUCGGGCGGAUGAGGUUUCAAGAUUGAUUAAAUUAGGAAAACGUGGGUCGUUGGAUUGUAAAGAUAGAGAAGGAAGGACACCGUUAUAUUUGGCUGCUACCAAAGGGUAUGAGAGGUGUGUUAAGGUGUUGGCAGGUGCAGGGGCUAAUGUGGACGCGAAGCGUAACGAUGGUUGGACGGCAUUGUAUAGAGCAGCAGCGAGAGGUGACCGUCGGAUGGUUAAAGUGUUGGUUGAGCUUGGAGCGAACCCUUCGAUUGCAGACCGUUCAGCUGUUCAUAUUGCCCGUGACGAAGGACAUGAAGAGAUCGUCGAAAUCUUAGAACGAGGGGAAGAGGUAUUAAAUGCAGCACGACGUGGAGAUCUUAUCCGUCUUGAAUUUCUAUUAGAGACAGAUGCAAGCGUUGAUUUUAGAGAUCAGUAUGGUUUGACUGCUAUGCACAUUGCAGCCAUCAAAGGCCUUAACGACGUGGUGAUGUUGCUAGUUGAGUUUGGUUGUGAUCUAGAAUGUACAGACACCGAAGGCAAGACACCGCUGCAUAUGGCAGUGAUUGGUGGCAACAAGGAUACGGCGGAGGUGCUUAUAAUCAGAGGAGCAAGAAUGGAUGUCGAGUGUCAUAGAGGAGCAACGCCUUUACACAUUGCCCAAACAAUGGGGUAUGAAUCGAUAGCACAAUUUCUCCUCGAUCAAACUAUUUCUUGACCUACUGAUUUUACUUUGAUCCUCAACGAAAAAUGUAAAUCCUUCUUCAACAUAUUACUCCAUGUUUUAUACUGUUAUUGAUAGGUGUAGCAAUUGAAGGGAAUUAAUAGUCAGCCAAUUUUUUUUGUAUAACGUAGGAUAAAACACAUAUACUUACAUAAUGCAGUGCACUAUUUUAACAGGAAA